CAAGUGGAAUCUGCCUUUUGUACACAGCGACAUGCGGGUUCUCAUUCUGAUUUUCCUCAUAUACGGGCUCGAGUACAGCUUGCCGAAGAAGAUCGACCUCGUCUACGGAGCCAAAUACGAUUGUCCGAACAAUCAGGAGCGUAUAGACUACCACUACAGGUACAAUGGAAGUAUAAUGUGCACUGUCGGCUGCAUUGUCGACUCCGAGGAGCGCUUCUUCGACUACAAUUCGAAACGCGUUGACGACGGCUGCAAAUCUUGUAUGGUGCAUUACGUCAUACAGCCUGGCGCAGUUUAUUGUGUGCUCUUCACAGCUUGCACAGACUAUUUCUGCAAGUUCUCUCCCGACGCCGAACAUCCCAGACCGAAUAUUGAAGGGAGACGCUACUUGCAAGAAUUAGAUUUCGAAAAAAGUGGAAAUCGCAGUCUCAGAGCCAGGAGGCGAAGGAAAUUCAAGAGUGAAAAUUCUACAGCUCCGACGCCCGGAAUCGAAGUUGAAUAAAAAUCAUUGGGGUGAUCCGGAAUUCGUUG